GGCACUCCACCAUCAACAUGUUCCUCCAGAUUGCGACUUUGUUGGCCCUGCUGGCCAUCGCUAAUGGCGCUGUGGUUCCCUUGGGUCUGGAGCCCCAAUCUCGACAGGUUGGCCGCAUUGUGGGCGGCACGGCCACGUCCAUUGAGGAUCGCCCCUGGCAGGUUUCCGUCCAGCGUUCCGGCGCCCAUUUCUGCGGUGGAUCCAUAAUCAGCAACAACAUCAUUGUGACCGCUGCCCACUGCCUGGUUUCCCCCUCCACCGCCUCCAACCUCAGGAUUAGAGCUGGCUCCAAUAAGAGAACCUACGGAGGAGUUCUCAUCCAAGUGGCUGCCAUACAAAUUCACGAGGGCUACAACUCGGCGACCAAGGUGAACGAUAUCGGAGUGAUGCGUCUGCAGUCGAAGCUGACUUUUGGCUCCACCAUCAAGGCCAUUACGAUGGCUAGUGUGACACCAUCCCAUGGAGCCUCGGCCAGCAUCUCAGGUUGGGGCAAGACGUCCUACGGCGGAUCCUCCUCCGCCACGCUGCUCUAUGUGGACACCAAGAUUGUGGGACGCACACAGUGCGGGAGUUCCACCUAUGGAUAUGGUUCCUGGAUUCUGCCCACCAUGAUUUGUGCCGCGUCGGCGAACAAGGAUGCCUGCCAAGGUGAUUCGGGUGGUCCUCUGGUAUCCGGAGGACAACUGGUGGGCGUCGUCUCCUGGGGAAACGAGUGCGCCCUGGCCAACUAUCCCGGCGUCUACGCCAAUGUGGCCGAACUGAGGAGUUGGGUCCUGGCGGCUCAAAACACUGUCUAGCUUAUGUUAAGCGCAAUAAAAUAAAACCUAAGUUUUAGUCGUAAAUGCA